CAAGGCACAAGUAACAAGCUCACCCAGCUGGGCACCUUUGAGGACCACUUUCUGAGCCUUCAGCGGAUGUUCAACAACUGUGAGGUGGUCCUUGGGAACCUGGAGGUCACCUACGUGCAAAGGAAUUAUGACCUUUCCUUCCUGAAGACCAUCCAGGAGGUGGCCGGCUACGUGCUCAUUGCCUUGAACAUGGCAGAGAGGAUCCCACUGGACAACCUGCAGAUCGUGCGCGGGAACGUGCUCUACGACAACACCUACGCCCUAGCUGUGCUGUCCAACUACGGGGGAGCCAACAGCCCCAACAAGACCGGGCUGCAGGAGCUGCCACUGAGGAGCCUGCAGGAGAUCCUGCAGGGAGCUGUGCGCUUUAGCAGCAACCCCAUGCUCUGCAACGUGGACACCAUCCAGUGGAGGGACAUCGUAGACAGCAACUUCCUGAGCAACAUGUCACUGGACCUACAGAGCCACCAGAGCAGCUGCCAGAAGUGUGAUCCAAGCUGUCCCAACGGGAGCUGCUGGGCCCCAGGAGAGGAAAACUGCCAGAAAUUGACCAAGAUCAUCUGUGCCCAGCAGUGUUCCGGUCGCUGCCGUGGCAAGUCCCCCAGCGACUGCUGCCAUAAUCAGUGUGCGGCUGGAUGCACAGGGCCCCGGGAAAGUGACUGCCUGGUCUGCCGCAAGUUCCGUGAUGAAGCCACCUGCAAGGAUACCUGCCCGCUGCUCAUGCUGUACAACCCCACCACCUACCAGAUGGACGUUAACCCUGAGGGGAAGUACAGCUUUGGCGCCACCUGCGUGAAGAAGUGUCCCCGGAACUACGUGGUGACUGACCAUGGCUCCUGCGUCCGGGCCUGCGGCCCCGACAGCUAUGAGAUGGAGGAAGAUGGUGUCCGGAAGUGCAAGAAGUGUGAAGGCCCCUGCCGCAAAGUUUGCAAUGGCAUAGGGAUCGGGGAAUUUAAAGACACACUGUCCAUAAACGCCACGAACAUCAAGCACUUCCAGAACUGCACAACCAUCAGCGGUGACCUGCACAUCCUCCCGGUGGCAUUUCGGGGGGACUCCUUCACGCGCACGCCGCCCCUGGACCCCAAGGAGCUGGACAUCCUGAAGACAGUGAAGGAGAUCACAGGGUUUUUGCUGAUUCAGGCCUGGCCUGCCAACAGGACUGACCUCCACGCCUUCGAGAACCUGGAAAUCAUCCGUGGCAGGACAAAGCAACACGGCCAGUUUUCUCUGGCCAUCGUUGGCCUGAACCUGACGUCCUUAGGGCUGCGCUCCCUGAAGGAGAUCAGCGAUGGAGACGUGAUUGUCUCUGGGAACCAACAUCUGUGCUAUGCCAACACCAUCAACUGGAGAAAGCUGUUCGGGACUUCUGGCCAGAAAACCAAAAUUAUGAAAAACAGGGAUGAGAAGAACUGCAUCACCGAUGGCUUUGUCUGCCACCCUCUGUGCUCAGCUGAGGGCUGCUGGGGCCCCGAGCCCCGGGACUGCGUCUCCUGCCAGAAGGUGAUCAGGGGCCGAGAGUGUGUGGACCAGUGCAACAUCCUCGAGGGGGAGCCCCGAGAGUUCAUGGAGAAUUCUGAGUGCAUUCAGUGCCACCCGGAGUGCCUGCCUCAAACCAUGAACGUGACCUGCACUGGCCGGGGCCCUGACAGCUGCGUCCAGUGUGUGCACUACAUUGACGGCCCCCACUGUGUCAAGACCUGCCCGGCCGGGAUCAUGGGAGAGAACAACACACUGGUGUGGAAGUUUGCAGACGCCGGCCAUGUGUGCCGCCUGUGCCACCCCAACUGUACCUACGGCAGAUGUGUCGGGCCAGGUCUGGAAGGCUGCGCAACAAAUGGGCCCAAGAUCCCAUCCAUUGCCACGGGGAUCGUGGGCGGCCUCUUCCUGCUGGUGGUGCUGGCCCUGGCCGUUGGCCUCUUCAUGAGGAGGCGCCACAUCAUCCGCAAGCGCACGCUGCGCCGGCUGCUGCAGGAGCGUGAGCUGGUGGAGCCUCUCACACCCAGUGGAGAAGCCCCCAACCAGGCUCUCCUUCGGAUCCUAAAGGAAACGGAAUUCAAGAAGGUCAAGGUGCUAGGCUCCGGGGCGUUUGGCACUGUCUACAAGGGACUCUGGAUCCCAGAAGGCGAGAAGGUAAAGAUCCCUGUGGCCAUCAAGGAGUUGAGAGAAGCCACAUCUCCCAAAGCCAACAAGGAAAUCCUGGAUGAAGCCUAUGUGAUGGCCAGUGUGGACAACCCCCACGUGUGCCGACUGCUGGGCAUCUGCCUGACCUCCACCGUGCAGCUGGUCACACAGCUCAUGCCCUUCGGCUGCCUGCUGGACUACGUGCGCGAACACAAGGACAACAUCGGGUCCCAGCACCUCCUCAACUGGUGUGUGCAGAUCGCCAAGGGCAUGAACUACCUGGAGGACCGGCGCUUGGUGCACCGGGACCUGGCAGCCAGGAAUGUCCUGGUGAAGACGCCACAGCAUGUGAAGAUCACAGACUUCGGACUGGCCAAGCUGCUGGGCGCAGAGGAAAAGGAGUACCACGCAGAGGGCGGCAAGGUGCCCAUUAAGUGGAUGGCUUUGGAAUCGAUUUUACACCGGAUUUACACCCACCAGAGCGACGUCUGGAGCUAUGGAGUCACGGUGUGGGAGCUGAUGACCUUCGGGUCCAAGCCAUACGACGGGAUCCCCGCAAGCGAGAUCUCAUCCAUCCUAGAGAAGGGGGAGCGUCUCCCGCAGCCACCCAUCUGCACCAUCGACGUCUACAUGAUCAUGGUCAAGUGCUGGAUGAUAGAUGCAGACAGCCGCCCAAAGUUCCGCGAGUUGAUUGUUGAGUUCUCCAAAAUGGCCCGAGACCCCCAGCGCUACCUCGUCAUUCAGGGUGAUGAGAGGAUGCAUCUGCCCAGCCCUACGGACUCCAACUUCUACAGAGCCCUGAUGGAUGAGGAGGACAUGGAGGACGUUGUGGAUGCAGACGAGUACCUCAUUCCCCAGCAGGGCUUCUUCAGCAGCCCCUCCACCUCCCGGACGCCCCUCCUGAGUUCUCUGAGUGCAAACAGCAACAACUCGACAGGAGCUUGUGUCCACAGAAACGGGACCUGCCCUGUCCAGGGAGACAGCUUCCUUCAGCGUUACAGCUCCGACCCCACAGGCACCCUGGCCGAGGACAGCCUGGACGACGAGUUCCUGCCGGCACCUGAAUACAUAAACCAAUCCUGCCCCAGAAGGCCCGCAGGCUCCGUGCAGAACCCGGUGUAUCACAAUCAGCCCCCACAUCCUGCCCCCGGCAGAGACCAGCACUACCAAAACCCCCACAGCCAUGCCGUGGGCAACCCUGAGUAUCUCAACACUCUCCUGCCGACCUGUGGCAACACCUUCGACGGCUCCACCCCCUGGGCACAAAAGGGCAACCACCAAAUGAGCCUGGACAACCCCGACUACCAGCAGGACUUUCUUCCCAAGGAAAACAAGCCCAAUGGCAUCUUUAAGAGCCCCACAGCUGAAAAUGCAGAAUACCUUCGGGUGGCCCCGCCGAGCAGUGAGUUCAUUGGAGCAUGACAUGGAGCACAGCCUCUGCCACACAGAUUCCAGCCCCUUCAGCCACCCGGGACCCAGCCACUCCCUGUUCUGUUGCAGAUCAGGAUUGGCUCUCACGGGGCAGCUGUCUUUGGACCCUCAGCCAGAAGUGCUCCUCCCCAGAUGUGCUGGGGAAGUGCAGGUACAUUCCCCAGGCUCCAAACUGUGAAGCUUCCACAAAACACACUCAGUGAGAAUCUUGGCCAUUUGGGCAGAAGUUUACGUUUUGGCGAGGUACAUUAGAAAAACAGUAAAGAUAUAUAGGAGUUUUACCUCUUGGGGAUCUUGGGGUUUCUAGUCAGUCACCAUGCCUGAUUUUGAGUUCCUGGGCUGUCCAAGGAAGAAGCCCAUGUACUUGCUACACUCAGUCCAUCCAGGCAAAGGAGCAUGGGCCACAAGUCUUCCAGCCACUGCUGCAUUCCACUGGCUCUGCUCCUCCGAGACUGUGGAAGGCAAGGAUACACAAGGAGCCCCGUGUCCUUGGCAGGCCUGCUCGGUACACUCACAUUGUGUCAGGUACAUGGGACAAGCCACUCCGUUCCUUCACGGGAGGAAAGGACCCGAAGGGUAGGAUUCACCCUCAGACUCACUUCUGUAUGUGUCUCCCUGCUGUGACCUCCAUUGGUUCACCAGUGUUUUCUGAUCAUGAGUACUAGCCUUGUCUGUUUUCCGUUCCGUUGUUUUGAAACUUCAUAAGCUUUCCCUGUCUUGACAUCAUGAAGUCAGCAAAAACAAGACAGUACGACCAAGAAUAGCUAAGAUUCCACAUUUGAUCCACCAAUGUUCAGGCCAAUCGCCUGUCAUCAAGACAAGGAAACUGCAAGAGUUUGUGCAAGAACACAGCAGUCAGAUUUCUUUCUUAUUUUGGACAGUACUGGGAAUCGAACCCAGCACUCUGCACCAUUCCACAUCCCCAACACCUUUCUAUGUUUUAACUUGAGGCAGGGUCCCACUAAGUUGCCUGGACUGGGUAGGAACUUCUGAUUCUUCUGCCUGCACUUCCCGGAAUGCUGGGAUUCCAAACGUGCAUCAUAACACUCAGUUUAGCACCCAAAUGUGAGUCUCAGAUGAAAAUUUUGGGCAAAUUUCAUGAGAUCACAAAAAUGGUGCUCUGAAAACUCACUUUGCCUGCACCUUUCUCCAGCUGCAAAAUUUUAGGGAGACAAUCUUUGCAUUUUCCCUUAAAAUAUUUUGCUGCAAAUGUGCAAACUCUUCCUUGUUUCUGCCCGGGUCUCCAUGCACUGAGUGAGAAAGUGUCAUCUGUGAGGUCACCAGGCAAGAGCUAACAGUCACAGGAGCUGCACCUCACAGGCAGGUGAGGAGAGAUCGAAUGGCCAUCGGGAAGUUAGAUUUAGAGUGAAUGACAGUGUUUUCACAUCUGUAGGUGUUUUACAGGGGAAGUCCACGUCGUUAGAGCUCUCCUCCUUGUGAUCUGAUUGUCACCAGUAUUUCACCCACUCUUAGUCAAAUCCACCUCUUCCCCUGUACCAAGGAAGAAUCCCCGAUUGAGAAAUACACGAUGUAACAAAGGAAAUGAAUUAAUAGACCCUACCUUAGAACACUAUAACAGAUGUCAGAGAAGAUGCAUCAGUGGUCUGAGACAGAGCGGGCAGCAGGUUUUGCCUGGGGCGUCCCAGGCAAGAACCAGAGAUGAAGGUGCCAUGGGGCACCCUCAAGCAUAACUAGCAUCUUGUCCUGGAGGGAGGUGGCAACUGUGCUCCGGCCUGGGAUCCUGGCCAAGAAAGCAGACACCAGGGGAUCCGCUAGGGAAGCAGAGAGCCUGACUCUGCUCCCCAAGGGUGGCCUCCCUGUGGGAUUCCUGAAAAGUAGUGAGAAGCCUGAACAGCAUUUCUCACAUCUGAGAUUUACCACCUUUGCCCGUCAGGCCCUUUCCUUAUCAAUUCACUCCAAAAUGUAAAGAAAGCUCUUAGCCCUCUGCACAGAACUGGGAAGCAGAAUGACUCGGAUUCUUCUGUCACUUAGUGGUCAAGAAGCAGAUGAAGAAGGGGAGUUAGUCAUAAGCCAGCCCAACAGUAGCCAAGAAAUCCUAGUAUUUUUGUACUUUGAAAUACUUUCCUAUAACAUAAUAAAAUAGCCAAGACUAUUCAAGCUUGCUUUUGCUCUCCUUUGUAUUUCAGUUUUCCUGCAUAAAACUUUGUUGCUAUUAAUGUUGAGAAUGUGUUUUCCCAAAUAUCUGCUCUGCUUUGUCCCAGGAGGCAUGGAACUGUGGGCUGAGAGCUGAGGCCACAGUCACCAUGUUUCCAUGUCUCAGUCCUAACUCUGCCCUUCCACCAUUCCUCAAGAACAACCAGCCCCCAGUGCCUUUGAGAGUGUCCAUCUUUCAUCUGUCUCUGAGUCAGUUCCUGGGAGAGGUGUCCCCAUGCCCCAGCCUCAGGUUUGGUCUCUGGGAGCAGUUAGGAGUGAACAUUCACCAUGGGCUGAAGUCUUUAUGCAAAUCUCUCAUUCUGUAAGAAGUCCCUACUCCUAUACCCAAGAAAAAUACUUCACACCUUGUACUUUAAAAGAGAGCUGUGUCUUUCACACUCAGAAUAUGCAGAGUCCGGGCUGUCUCUGUCCUAAGUGGGCACCCAAGAAGCGUCUACUGCAGGUAGCAAGUGGGCCCAACACCUGUGUUUCUUGAAGAUCCUAUCUGCUUGCCCCUACUCCACCCCACUGCAGCAGGAAGGAGCCAAGGACCACAAAGGCACAGAAGGCACAGGUUCUGGGUCAGGCUGUUGGAAAGCAUCCUGCACCUGGCAAGAGGAUCCUGGUGAGUUUUCUCAGAUGCAGCCCAGGCUGAACUUUACAGAGUAUUCUGGGCUAUUCUAACAUCUCCACUGCAUCCAGGACCACAGUGUGAAGGAGAGGCCUGGCUGCUGGCCCUCCACCCAUGUCUUCCUAAUGAGCCGCUGGGUAGCACAUGUCCAGUGUCCUAUGCUGCUGCACUGAAGCACCUGGGAGCAUAAGGAGGGGUCAGCAGUCCCAACAAGCAACUCAGUUAGCACCUCAGGGGUUCCCUGAGAACAGGCCCAAUAACCCACCCUGAGUUGAUUCUGACAGGAAGCCUGUGCGGAACACUAUCUCCUAGACCCCAUCAGUUGCCCAAGCCUGUGGAGUCUACACCACGCUCCAAGUCAGCAUAAACCCUCUGGGGAGGGCAGAGGUUCCCAGGUGCCAUUCAGACCCGAGCCUGAGAUUGGCCCUGGCUGUCCUUCCAAGAACCUGACUUCUUAUCACCGACUGUUUACCCUGAAAAUGGCAAAUGUCCAAAUCUGAGCCUGGAAUAAGCCCUGGGACGCUGAGUUUUCUGAGAAGAGAGUUGUAAAAGCUGGUCUCCCCUGCUCCCAUGCUGGGGGAGCUACUCCCUCUAACAAGGCAGCUCUUGAAGUUGCCCUUAAUCUUUCCUUUGCAUUUCCGUCUGAUAAGCAUACAUGUUUGUGAUAACAGUGAUCUGUUUAUAUUCCCUGCAAGGGGACUAUAAAACCCUAACUGAAGAAAUCCCUGCCCUUUCCCAGCCACACCUGCCAUAGUUCUUGGGCAAACAUUUUCGUGCUGUUAAACACGUAUUCAGAUACGAUUUUUAAAUGCAAAUCUAUUUUUGUAACUUUUUUGCAGGUUAUUGUCCUCUUUAUAUAGCACUGAACUUUGUAAAGUAUAUUUUUAGAAAACUAAUUUUUCUACUAAGGGAAACAGUGUACUUCAGAAAGACUGAAAUGGAAGUAAAAUUUGAAAUUGGAAUUUUUGCUUAUAAGGGUUAAAAUGAAGCAAGAAAAGUCUCUUCUAUCUUAGGAAAAGGGACAGCCUCAUUGCAGAGCUACGCUGGGUCACUGCCAUGUUAAUAGAAUAUUUGUCCAAGUAGCAAAGAGGAAACAGCACAGUGGCUUUGCCUUGGCCCAGGCAGGCUCUGCUGAGUCUGCAUGAGACAGUGCUAAGGCAAAGGGAACACUGUGAGGAGGAGAAUCCAGUCACAUGCUGUCCUCUGAUCUUCUGACAACACCACCUUGUAAAUACAAGAAAAGCAGUAAUAAUAUAGCACUUUGUUGGUUUCUGUGUACUAAUCAGAUUUAAUGUGGAUUAUUCUAUUUUAUUUCUCUAUUUACAAUUUAUAUUCACUGACCAAUAUGGACCAGAAGGAUCGGGAAAGCCUUAACAGUGCUACAUGUGUGUGCUUUACACAACACACCCAUGAAAUCUACCACCGGUCUACCCAGUCCAAGUCCAACUGCCCUGCUGUGCCUCGGUUGCCCAGGAGCUACACCUGAGACCCAUUUAACGCAAAGUCCUAAGGGAUAAGCCCAAGACUUUGCUCUUAGUAAAGCUCCUAAGGCCACUGUAACACAAGCCAGUGUUGAGACCCACAGCUCAGGGACUGGCUACGUGUCCCCACAGAGUGGGUGACUCUCAGACCCCAAGACCCGUAAA